AUGGACGCCGUUCUGUCCACGCCGCUAAGGGUCUCCACGCUGGCCGUUGGUCUGAAGCCGCGAUCCUCCAGCGUAGAUAUAAACGCCUCUCCUGCAAAUAAUGAGUUGUCAUUCAGCGGCGGGCUCUGGAGAACGGCCCCUCGGGCUGCUGGGAAAUCAGCAGGAUCCUCCUGGCCUCAGUCUUUAACCUCAUCCUCUCCUAACCCGACCAGACACGUUUUUAACGCUGCCGCAGAGAAGGAAAGGAGGGUGUUUGAUGUGUGUGUUGCAGCGUGGGUGGGGGGCUUCGUCUCCAUCACCAUCAUCAGCCUGCUCUCCCUGCUCGGCGUCAUCCUCAUCCCGCUCAUGAACAAGGUUUUCUUCAAGUUCCUCCUCAGCUUCCUGGUUGCGUUGGCUGUGGGCACGCUGAGCGGGGACGCCUUCCUGCACCUCAUCCCCCACUCUCAGGGAGGCCACCAUCACCACCACUCCAACGAGACGGGGCAUGGGGUGGAGGGACACCACCUCCACGAUGAGCAGGAGGAAGACCUGGACGGGGUGUGGAAGGGUCUCACGGCUCUGAGCGGGGUCUACAUCAUGUUCCUCAUCGAGCACUUCCUCACGCUGGGGAAAAUGUACAAAGACAAGAAACAAAAGAUCCAGAAGCAGUGGGACCAGAACGACAAAGCAGAUGCCGAGAAGCAGCCGGCGCUGGAAGACCACGACCUGAAGCCCCCUGAAGACGUGGAGACGAACGGCGCGGGUAUUUUCGGCGACCACUCCAUCAGCCUGCACGGCGGCGGCGGCGUGGCGGAGGAGGAGCAGGUGAUGCUGGCGCCGCAGUCGUCCGCCGACGCCUCGCCGCAAGGGUCCGCCGCCUACACCGCCGAGGACUGCGAGAACAAGUGCCACUCCCACUUCCACGACACGGUGGGCCAGGCGGACAGCAUGCACCACCACCACCACGACUACCACCACAUCCUGCACCACCACCACUCCCAGAACCACCACCCGCACAGCCACUCCCACUCCUACUCCGAGGAGCACUUCCAGCAGGCCGGCGUGGCCACGCUCGCCUGGAUGGUCAUCAUGGGGGACGGGCUGCACAACUUCAGCGACGGCCUGGCCAUCGGCGCUGCCUUCACCGAGGGUCUGUCCAGCGGCCUCAGCACGUCUGUUGCCGUCUUCUGUCACGAGCUGCCGCACGAGUUAGGUGACUUUGCGGUGCUCCUGAAGGCAGGUAUGACGGUGCGUCAGGCCAUCCUGUACAACGUGCUGUCGGCCAUGAUGGCGUACCUGGGCGUGGUGAUCGGCAUCGUGAUCGGACACUACGCCGAGAACAUCUGCAUGUGGAUCUUCGCCCUCACGGCCGGACUCUUCAUGUACGUGGCCCUGGUGGACAUGGUGCCGGAGAUGUUGCACAACGACGCCGGCGACCACGGCUUCAGCCACUGCGGCUUCUUCCUGCUGCAGAACGCCGGCAUCCUGCUGGGCUUCUGCAUCAUGCUGCUGAUCGCCGUCUUUGAGCACAAGAUCAAGCUGGACCUGGGCUAACGGGGGACAAGCUGGACCUGGGCUAACGGGGGACAAGCUGGACCUGGGCUAACGGGGGACAGGCGGGGGACAUCCUGAGCUCCAUGUGUCUACGUCAGAAGUGUACUGUGUCUUUUUAUUUGUUGUUGUAGACUGUCCUGUCGCCUUGGUUAAGUUGGGAUUGUUCACGCGGUGCAGGAGGAAGUAGAAAUACAGAAGUUAACAAGCUGCAGCGGCUCAAAAUCGUUAAGAGUAAAAAAUAACUAUUAAAAGUGGUUUAAUUGUCUUAGACUGCAGUUAAAAACAAGCAGCGAUUUCUCCUUUUGUCAACCAACUUGUGAAGUCUGAGAAGAGGAAAAAGUAUAAAAAGUCCCCCGUCCAAAUUGCUCUUUCCACAAAAAACGCCCAAUUGGUAAAUCUUUUACUUUUUAGCAUUUCCUAAUAACUCAAAAUGACUC